GGUUGUGUUGCCAACACAAAACGGAGAAAACACUCGACUCGGCUGCGGGAGUUGGGAAAAGUCCAGGUAAAAGACUUCCAUCAGCAAGAAAUUAGUUUUUCGAAGCAUUUUUAAAGACGGAUAAGUGGCGUGAGAAUGGGACGACGUCAUAGCGUGUUCACCAAAGAGGAACUGGAGGACUACACGGACCUCACGUACUUCACCAAAAGGGAAGUCCUCAUCGUGUAUUCUAAAUUCAAAGCAUUAGCUCCGGAGGAAGUGGGUCGCGACAAGGAAGUCCGGCUGCCGAUGGAGAUUAUGCUGAACUAUCCGGAGCUGAAGGUGAACCCUUUUGGAGACAGGAUCUGUCUCGUCUUCAGUACCAGCAAGGAUGGAGACUGUACCUUUGAAGAUUUCCUCGACAUGAUGUCUGUCUUUAGCGAGGACGCCCCAGUCUCAGUCAAGGCAGAGUAUGCAUUCAGGAUUUUUGAUUUCGACGGAGAUGACAUGCUUGGGCCGGACGAUAUUGAAGAAGUCAUUCGGCGUUUGUUGGGAGAUGAAACGCUGCCUCCGUCCGAAAUUGCUCAACUCGUACAAAACCUUACGGCCGAAUCAGAUUUGGACGAUGAUGGAAUGCUCAGUUUUGCAGAGUUUGAACAUGUCGUGGCCAAAUCAACGGAUUUUGAACAAGCAUUCCGUAUCCGAUUGUAAUUGAAACUCAAUUUUUUUCCUACGCACCAAGCUAAAUUGUCCCAAACAGGUUUAUUUUGGUUAAUAUUAGUAUAACUUGAGUUGUUCAUCUGUCAAUAUCAAUGUACAAAAUCUAUCUCUUUCCUAUACCUCCUAUCAGUUGUAAUAGUUGCUAGCUUUUAAUAAAAACAAAAAAUGUUUUAGUAAAA